CUGAAGAGAGACGAACUGUUUCCUCAUCACACAGUAAGGAUUGUAACAGUGAACAAGUUGAAGGAAGUACACAUUUUGUUGAGCAGGCUGUAGAUGUUUAACGCACUCAGAGUUGAAGAGGAGCAGUCAUGGUCAUCAGAUGUGUGCUGUACAGAGCCACUCACGCCGGGAUCACACUACUGAGGGAACGACAGAAGAGAUGCUCUCGAAUCUGGAGAAUGAUUCACCACUGCUCAGCUUUAGUUUAUAGAGAACACUCACAUGAUAUUAACACUGUGAGGAUGGAACAGGUGCUGAUGCCUCCAGUGGGAGAUGGUGGUGUGAGGGUUCACAUGCUGGCAGCACCAGUCAAUCCUGCAGACAUCAACAUGAUCCAGGGUACAUACCCGAUCUUGUGUCCCCUCCCUGCGGUGGGGGGGAAUGAGGGUGUGGCAGAGGUGGUAGAGGUGGGCAGUGAUGUCACAACACUGAGGCCUGGUGAUUGGGUUGUGCCCAUAGAUGCUGGCUUUGGUACAUGGAGGACAGGUGCAGUGUGUGAAGAGGAUGAUCUGAUCCCUGUAUCUAAAGACAUCUCUCUACUGGGGGCCGCCACGGUUUUCGUGAACCCCUGCACUGCGUACAGAAUGCUGCACGACUUUCAAACACUCAGCCCUGGCUGUACAGUGAUUCAGAAUGGCUCUAACAGUGCAGUUGGACAGGCUGUGAUUCAGAUCGCUGCAGCACUGGGCCUGAAAACAAUUAACAUCAUCAGAGACAGGCCAAACUGUGCAGUGUUGAUUGAGGAGCUUCGAUCAAUGGGAGCUGAUUAUGUCAUCACUGAAGAGGAAGUGAUGUCAUCAGGGCUUCAUCAGAUCUUUGAGGAGGUCCCUAAACCUAAACUGGGUUUGAACUGUGUUGGGGGCUUAAGUGGAGGACUGGUAUUGUCUAAUCUUGAUUCUACUAUCAGUUCUGGAGGCACAAUGGUGACAUAUGGAGGCAUGGCCAAAAGACCCCUGCAGAUUCCUGCUAAAUCCUUUAUAUUCCAAAAUAUCACUCUAAAAGGCUUCUGGCUGACCCAGUGGAAAAGAAACCACAGGAACGAUAAAGCUCAGCUGAAGAUCAUGUUAGAUUCAGUGUGUGAUCUCAUGAGAGGUGGACAUCUCUCCGCAACACACUGCAUCCAGACACCUUUUCACCAGUACACACGUGCUUUACAAGCUACUGUGCAAUCAUAUGGCUGCAAACAUGUACUUAUCAUGUAGACUCAAAAACAGAGUAUGACUUUUACACUUGGGCUGGGUAAAAAUAUACAUUUUCCAAAUAAUUUCUAUCUUCAUUUGAACGAUCUCUAUAUUUAUUCUGAAAAUCCUAAGGUUGAUCUUUUACACUAUGGGCAACCCUCUUCAAUGUGAGAAAAUCACUUGCAUAUGCAACUAAAAAUAACUCUCCACUGUCUGGUAAAUGUUGAUAUUUCACUCAACAGUGAUUGUGUUGUUUAAUCGUGAAUUAUUCAGCAGUGAGAUCCUUUGAGAGUAAAAGUUUGGUUUAACUCCAAAGAUGAGAUCCACACAAUCCAUGUGUUAUUAAAUAAUGUCUCUUUUAAUAUCCUUUCUGUUCUUUACAGUCAGCUGUUGAUCAGAAACAAAAAAAAAAACAAACAAAAAAAAUAAAAUACUCAUAGCACAGAUGAGGUAAAGAAGCCAUUCGACUCUCAGCCGAAACACUUCUGAGACGCUCACUGAACUGAUGAUGUUCUUAAAGAUCAAUUUAAAUACUUGAAAAUAGUACAAUUUAUGCUUGUAAACAAUAAACGUGAUAUGUGAUAUAUAUAUAUAUAUUACAGUAUAUUAGGGAUGCACUGAUCCAGUACCUAGAUCGGUAUCGGCUCCAAUACUGACUUUUUUUAUGCGGAUUGGGUAUCGAUCCGAUGAGCGCGAUCCAAAUCCGAUACUGUGUCAGUCAUGUUUGUUACUGUCAAGCUCCAAAAAUGACAUAACCAUAAAAGCACCAUUAAAAUAAUUCAUAUGACUCGUGCAUUUUAUUCAAAGCCACUUGAAGACACGCAAUAGCUUUGUGAAAUGCAAAAGGAUGUUUAAAGGGAUAGUUACCCAAAAAUGAAAAUUCUCUCAUCAUUUACUCACCCUCAUGCCAUUCCAGACGUGUAUGACUUUCAUUUUUCUGCACAACACAAAUGAAGAUAUUUAGAAGAAUAUUUCAGCUCUGUUGGUCCUCACAACACAAGUGAAUGGUGACCAGACUUUGAAGCUCCAAAAUCCACAUAAAGGGAACAUAAAAGAAAUCCAUAAGACUCCAGUGAUUAGUCUAGAUCUUCAGAAGCGAUAUGAUAGGCGUGAGUGAGAAGCAGAUCAAUAUUUAAGUCCUUUUUUGCCAUAAAUGUUCCUCCCUGCCCAGUAGGUGGCGAUAUGCACAGAGAAUUUGAAUCUCCAAAAUCAGAAGGAGAAAGUUCAAGUGAAGGAAAAAUGACUUGAAUAUUUCCAGAAAUUUCCCAAACUGAAUGUACUUGUUUGACAUUAUUAGCAUCCGCAUUAUCAGUGACACAACAAAAUACAGGUGGACAGACAUGAGGAAUUAAACAUUUAUUUACAAAAACAUUUAGUGGUUAUUUCUGAAGCAUUAAAACACAACAGUCCUUGUCAGCCAUGUUCACAGUUUCCAGCACAAAAUAAAAGCCAAUAGAUGUAGUAAUAAUAAAACAUAUAUAAAUCACAUAGUUGAAAACUACUCAUUUGAAAUGACAUCUGCAUCAUCAUUGUUAAUAAUGACAAAAAGACAUGCUCAGUUUAAGUGUUCAGCGUUCCCUUCAUUGAAGUGCUUCAUAGAAGAGGUCUUUAGCGUUUAGCUUCAUUUCUGUUGUUUUGUGUCAUGAUUUCUAUAAAGAUAUACAAUAUCAUCCAUGUAAUGAAGGCUGUAUUUGAGAACAAACAGGACUAUUUACCAUCAUGACAACAUCCCCCCCAAUGUUAAUGAGUACAACCUUAUUAUAAAGUGUUACCAGAUAUUGUUUCAAACAUGUGUGUAUAUAGUUAUUUAUAUAUGGGUCAUUGAUAAAUAAGGUUGUCCGAGGUGAUACAAAUUAGAAAUAUUUAAAAAGUCCAUAGACAUGUAAUCUUUGAGUUCAUGUUGUUUUCACAAAUUGGUUGAAAAACAUUUAUAGCAUUUUGUACAAAAAAUGUAUUUAAUGAUUUUAAAAAUGUUAUGUGGUGCAACCAUCAAAAGGCAUUAAAAUAAUUUCCUUACACACUGAAUACAUGAGAGUGUACACAACUUCAUUAAUUUAAAGA